AUGUCGGGGGCUUCAGUGAAGGUUGCUGUUCGGGUCCGGCCCUUCAAUUCCCGAGAAACCAGCAAAGAAUCCAAAUGUAUCAUUCAGAUGCAAGGCAAUUCAACUA